CCUAUCGAUCCGAUUGCAGUUACCGUGAUGUUGUUGCAUUGUAGAAAUGCGGAAAAAACAUCGUUGAAAUGUGACUUCCAUAGCAAUACUGUCAGGCAGCUUCGACCCUGCAAAGCCCAGCCACGUUGAUUUCAAUGUUGUUCGGGUACACUCUUCUCAGGACAUCAACAUCCAUGUCGCCAACCUCUCCACACACAUCCAACACAACCAUCAGUGCGUCCUUACAAAGCACUACAAAGCCAGCAUAACCGGCACCAUGGUCAGCAACAAGACCCUCAUCUUCAAGAAAAUCCCCACCGGAAAACCCAUCCCCGGCGAGCACAUCACCGUCGAGGACCGCCUUGUGGACAUCACCACCCCUCCUCCGGGCGGCGUGAUCCUAUCGGUGUUGUACGCCUCCUUCGACCCAUACCUCCUCAGCAACAUGCGCGACGCCAAGAUCAAGUCAUACAGCCCAGCAUUUGCGCUCGACGGCCCUGUCGAGACCGACACCGUCGCCCGCAUCGUCAAGUCCGACUCACCGGAGCUGUACCAGGAGGGUGACCAGGUGCUGGCAUACCUGCCGCUGGCGGAACACGUGGUGCUGGACCAAAGCGAGCUGGGGCGCAUCCGGACCAAGCUCCGGAACCCGCACAAGCUGCGGGAUCUGGGCAUGUUCCUUGGCCCGCUGGGCAUGCCGGGUCUCACGGCGUGGUCGUCGCUGUACGAGAUUGGCAGGCCCAAGAGCGGGGAGACUAUCUUUAUUAGUAGCGCCGCGGGUGCGGUUGGGCAGGUGGUCGGGCAGAUUGCCAAGAGGGAGGGGCUGAAGGUCAUUGGGAGUGUCGGGAGCGAGGAAAAGGUGGAGUUUAUCACCAAGGAGUUGGGGUUUGACGGGGGGUUUAAUUACAAGACGGAGAGGGCAAAGGUUGCACUGAAACGGCUGGCGCCGCAGGGGGUGGAUAUCUAUUACGACAAUGUCGGGGGUGAGCAGCUGGCGGAUGCUAUUGACGCGAUGAACGUGUUCGGGAGGAUCAUUGCUUGCGGCGGGAUCUCAGAGUACACUAUCCCGGUGGAACAACGCUACGGCGUGCGCAACUUGGUCCUCAUCGCGAGCAAGCGGCUGACGAUGCGUGGCUUCCUCGUUUACGAUCAGGGGUUCUGGGACAAGUACGAGGAUGACCACCAGGAGAAGAUGCAGAAGUGGCUCGCCGAGGGAAGCAUCAGGGCCAAGCUGCAUGUAACUGAGGGAAUUGACAAUGCUGCCGAGGGCCUGGUUGCCAUCUUCGAGGGCAAGAACUUUGGCAAGGCGGUGCUCAAAAUCAGGGGCGAGUGAGGGAGAAGCGUCUGCGGCAGACGGUUUGCGCGGGCAUCAUUAGCGAAUGGUGGACUACAUUAUGAGUUUCAACCCAAGAAGUCCCGGGAUAUGUCAGGUUAGAU